GUGGACGAAGCGAUGAUGAACGCUAUUUCGCGAAGCGGAGUCCAAGUUCUCUCCCAAUGGGACAUAAUCGAUUGCUCUCUGACAGAAAACGAUGACGGAAAAUUGAUGAUCGAAAGCGUCACGAUUGAAAAAGAAGGCGAGACGAGAAGUCUGGUCUGCGAUGCUCUUUUUAACUUCCACGAGAAAACGAUUAAUUUAGACACAUUCCUAGCCUUCUCUCACGCCGGUCUCGUUUUUGAUGGUUUGCUGGUAAUAGAUCCGGAAUAUCGCACGAACGAUCCGUUCAUCUUUGCUGCCGGCACCGUGACAAAGUACUCCAGGAAGUUUUACACCGAAUCUUGCCGACACGCGCAUUACAAUAGCGUGGAAAUCGGGGAGAGACUUGCGCAAAUCCUGCGAAAAGUGAUCGACAUUCAUCGAUGCAACGGAGAAAUUCCCGUACUAUCGAAAGAAAAAGUGUACUCGACGCUACCGGUAUUUCGUGCACCCGUCGUGAUCGCCUGCAUUUUACCGGGUGAUCAUUAUUACCUGCAUGUACGCAAACCCGGAGAGAGAACGCCGCACGAGACGGAGAUUAGCCACAAUUCCCACGGAAACAUGCUGAAGUCUUAUCCCACGCGGUAUCCUAGCAGCAGGGCUGGUGGUACUCGAGUGAUUCGCUUGACGGUGGAUCAGGAAGCUGUUCUUCAAGAGCAGUUUAACAGAUGGCCAAGAGCGCCUCAUACCGCGGACGUUGUACUGCUCGCAGCUGAAACGGGUCUUUCCGAGGCUGACGUUGAAGGAUGGUACGCCAUCAGAUUGGCCCAGUGGCGAAAAGAGCAGGGUCUCGGCGGGAAUUUGGGAUUACACUGAUCAUCACCGUUUAGGAGUGAUCCCAGUAUCAUUUCACUUCUGUACCUGAAAUUCCGAUUUGUAUACGUACAGGCAGCCGGACUGAGCAAAUCACGCUACGUACCUUACGCUUCAUUCUUGCAAUCGGUUACUUAGAGAAAAUAUAUAAGUUUCAUUAAGUUAUAUAGUUGAGUUUAAGUUUUAUUAAGUUUAUAGUACGUAUAACAAAAAGCUUUCUUAUAUAUCCGAACAUAUAAAGUAACUAAACAACUAGACAAACGCGUAAGUAUGUAAGUUAUUAAUUUAAAAUACACUCAACGCACUCACAUAA